AGCGAAAGUAUAUUUAAAUCAUUUUUAGAGAAGAAAGGUGACAUUAAUGCCUUAACUAGUUGUAACAAUGAUAAUUGGGCGCUUUUACACUAUGCUGUUCAUUACGGCAAUCUUGAUAUGGUUAGCUUUCUCGUAGAUAAGGGUGCUAACGUUGAAAUUAGAAGUAAGGAGGGUGAAACACCCCUGCAUUUGGCUGUUGAAGAAGCCAAGCAAAACAUAAUUAAUCUUCUUCUUGAUAGAGGUGCUGAUAUCGAGGCUAAAAACAACGAUGGUAGAACACCUCUGUACUUAGCUGCUUACAAUAAUGACUCAGGUGUAAUUGAACUUCUUUGUAACAGGAUCAAGACUAAAAGUAAUGACGCAUUUAAAAUGAUAAAACAGGUUGGAUUUUUAAAGAAGGAAGUUUUUAACCAAGCAAAUAUUCCAUCUAAUGCAAAAAGAUUGGUAGAGUCUUGUAUAAGUAGUUUAAGAGAUUCAAUAAAAAGUGCAGCCAAAAAGGUGCUAAAGGAGGGUAUACUGCAUAGUCGUAGUGCUUCGACUAUUGAACUCAUAGAUAAGGUUUAUAAUUUCGAUGAAAGGUUGUUUAAUGAAGCAAUUAAGGAAGCUGUAAAUGACACAUAUUCAAGUGUAGGUAUAGGAGGAAUAUUAAGGUUUAUACGCAGUCACCAUUAUAUUGGUCAGUUUAUUCCAGGUUAUAUAGCUGCGUUUGACAAAAUACCAAAGAAUGAUGGUGCAACGUUUAAAUUAGCUUAUUAUAUUAAAGAGACAAUGGAGAUGGGUGACUAUUCUAAGGUCAGUUUAGAAAAAAGAUCUGAUCUUGAAAGGCUAAAAAACAAAUUACCAGAAUCAGUGAGAAAUGCAGUAUUUUCAUCAGAAGUAUGUAUUAAAAAUGUUGAGUAUGGAAGAUACUUGUACUCACCUAAUAAUGACUGUAUGUACCACUUAAACAAUUGUGACAGGGAUAGGCGGUAUGUGUUCACUUGGCCUUCAAAUGGAAAUGGUGAUCAAUUUAAGUGGAAGGUUGAGCUCAAUGGCGAUAAUGUGUAUCUAAAGAAUGUUGAGUAUGGAAGGUACUUGUAUUCACCUAAUGAUGAUUGUACGUACCACUUAAACGAUUGUGACAGCGACAGGCGGUAUGUAUUUACUUGGCCUUCAAAGCUAGGAAACAGUGGCAAGUGGAAAGUUGAGCUUGAUGGUGGUAAUGUGUAUCUAAAAAAUGUUGAGUAUGGAAGGUACUUGUACUCACCUAAUAAUGAUUGUAUGUACCACUUAAACAAUUGUGACAGGGAUAGGCGGUAUGUGUUCACUUGGCCUUCAAAUAGAAAUAAUGAUCAAUUUAAGUGGAAAAUUGAAGAUUGUGGAUCUACUCGCAAGAGACGUAGCAUACAAGAAUUAAAUGGUUAUAAUCAAACUGUAGUAGACUAUCAGUCAAUAUUGACUGAAGAAAAUAGUCAGCAAAUAGCAAGUAGAAUAUCUGCUAUAGUUGAAGAUGUUGAAAGGCACACCUUUUUAAAUCAGUCAAAAAAUAAGUUAGAUUUAGAUAGUUAUUUAAAUAAUAGAGGGAGAAGCAAUGCUGCGGAUUCUAUGAGGAGAGAUGUAUGUAGUGAACUCAAUGCAAGUGGGAGAAGAAAUAUUGUUCUAAGCGGAAACGAUGUAUGUGCAAUUACUUCAGGUUAUGAAACACUUGAUAUUGAAAACUUCCCUAUUCAAGAAGUAGUGAUUAAUGAUGAUGUCAAUGGAAAGAAAAGUUUAAGAAGUACAUUAGAUUUACAUCAGUUGGUGCAACAAGUAGAUAGGGAUUUGAGUAUAAAACCGAUACCAACAGUUAUUAAAGACAAAAGUGAUUUAUUAAUUAAGUUAUCUAUAUCAGCUACCGGCUUGCAACAAGAUAUAAUAACAGUCAGGCUGAAAGAUGCACUUAUAAAUAAGUGGUAUAAGAAAUUACAAAUUAUUUUUGAUAGUGCAGCAGUGGAAAUAGAUGAUAAUUUAGAUUUAAAGUCUUCAUUCUUUAUUUCUGAUGAAAAAAUCAUUGUAGUAACACCUCAAGAUAUAGAAGAAGGGAAUAAGCUAAUUAUAUCUAAGAAAGCAGGGCAGUAUACCUACCUUCAUGAUAAAUAUGACUUGAUAGUUACCAAUGUCUUUGAUGCUGAUGUAGAAGCAAGCGAGUUAUGUAUUAUACGGUUUAAGGAUUUCUAUAAAGAACCUAAAAUGAAAACAUUAACUAUAAAAUUUACUGACAAAGAGAUAUUAUUAACUAACGAAAUAGAUAAAAUAAAUAAUUCAGACAGUAUUGAUAAAUUAAAUAAUGUGAGUUCUAUUGUUAAUUCACAAGAGAGUUCUAUACAUUCAGAGGUUCCAAACAGUGGAGACAUAAAUGCUCAAGGUAAACUUGACAGAACACUGUUGCAUCUUGCUUCCGAGGCUGGUGAAUUUGAUAAGGUUAAACUUCUUCUUGAUAGAGGUGCUAAUACCGAAGUUCAAGACGAGUUUGGUUACACACCAAUAUUUCUUGCUACUCAGUCAGAAAAAUGGAGUAUAGUAAAGCUCCUCCUUGAUAAAGGUGCUAAUAUUGAUGCUCAAGAUAAGGAAGGUCAUACACUUUUACACUUUGCUGCUCAAAAGGAUAAUUUAGAUAUGUUUCAAUUCCUUCUUGACAGAGGUGCAAGUAUCGAAGUUCAAGACGGGCGUGAUUGGACACCGAUACUUUAUGCUGCUCAGUCAGGUAAAUGGGGUGUGGUCAAACUUCUUAUUAGUAACGGUGCAAAAUUUAAUAAUGAGAUAACGUAUCAGGGAACGCCUUUACAUUUUGCUGCUCAAGGGGGUAAUUUGGAUAUAGCUCAAUUUCUUCUUGAUGAAGGUGCUGUCAUCGAAUCUCAAGACAAAGAUGAUAAAAAGCCUUUAGAUCUUGCUGUUGAAGCAGGAAGGUUGAACGUAGCAAAACUUCUUCUUGAUAGAGGUGCUAGUGUCAAUGCUAAAGAUAAGAAUGAUAGAACACCUUUAGACUUAGCUACUAAAGGAGAUAUGAUAAAGCUUUUGAAGAGAGCGCAGAUGGAUCAAGGAUUGUCAAUCAAUGCACGAGAGGGCACUUUUGAUAAAGUGGAAGAUCUUAUUGCUCAAGGUGCUAAUUUAGAAGCUAAAGAUAAUAAUGAUAAUACUCCUCUACAUAAUGCUUGUAAUAAUGGUCACUUUAACGUAGCAAAAUAUCUUAUCGAAAAGGGAGCUAGUUUAAAGGCUAAAAAUAAAGAUGGUAAAAUACCUUUAGAGUUGGCUGAGCAAAAGGGUUACACAGAUAUAGUAGAAAUUUUAAAACAAACACAAUUAAAUCUGGAUAGAGAGUUAUUGAUUGCUGUAGAAAAAGAAGAUCUUGGCAAAGUUAAAGACAAUAUCAGACGAGGUGCUAAUGUUAAUGCUCAAAGUAGGCUGGGUUGGGCCUCUGUGUUCUGGGCAAUUCAAAAGAAUAAUUCAAAUAUAGUUAAACUUCUCGUAAAUAAUGGUGCUGAUAUUAAUGCCAAAGAUAAUGAAAGUUGGAUGCCUCUUCAUUGGGCUGUUCAAUUGGGUUCAUUAGAUGUAGUUAAGUAUCUUGUUGAGAGAGGUGCUAAUAUUAAUGCUUUAACUGCUGACGGUAGAGCACCUUUAGAAUUAGCUGUUCAAAAGAAUUGCGUAGAUAUAAUAGAAUUUUUGAAAAAAGCACAGUCAGGUUUAAAUAAAGAAUUGUUGGCUGUAGUAAACGGUGAUGAUCUUAAUAGAGUCAAGGCUCUUGUUAGCCAAGGUGCUAGUUUAGAAGCGAAAGAUAAUAGUGAUAAUACUCCUUUACAUAACGCUUGUAAUAAUGGUCAUGUGAAAGUAGUAGAAUAUCUUGUCGAAGAGGGAGCGAGCUUAAAGGUUAAAAAUAAAGAUGGUGAAACACCUUUGCAUGUAGCUGCUCAACAUGAUAGUAUACUUGAAGUAAUUGAAUUUAUUUUGAACAGAGAUCUUAGUGGUAUUAAUGAUAUAACUAAUAACGGUAGAACACCUUUACAUUUAGCUAUACAAGGAAAUAAACCAAGUACAGUCAAACUUCUUCUCAAGAAAGGUGCUAGUAUUGCAGUUAAAGAUAAAAAUGGUAAAACACCCUUAGCCUUAGCUAUUCAAGAAGAUUACACAAAUAUAGUACAAAUGAUAGAACAAAUACAAUCAGAUUUAGAUGAAGAAUUGUUGACUGCAGUACAGGAUGGUAAUCUUAAUAAAGUUGAGGGUCUUGUUAGUCAGAAUGCUAAUGUUAAUACCACAGAUAUAUACAGUUGGACACCGCUACAUUGGGCUGCAUUCAAAGAUCGUUUAGAAAUUGCAAGGUUUUUAAUAGAAAAAGGUGCUGAUAUUAAUGCUGCAGAUAAAGGCCCUUAUGGUAAAAGGCCUAUACAUGUUGCUGCUGAGAAUAAUAAUAAAGACAUCAUAGAGUUUUUUCUUGGCAAGAAAGCAGGUAUUAAUGAUACUGACAAGCAAGGUUAUACACCACUGCACUAUGCUGCAUGGAGAGGACGUUUAGAGGUCACUCAGCUUCUCGUUGAUAGGAAGGCUAAUAUCAAUGCUGCAGAUACCUCUACUGCUGGUAAAAAGCCUAUACAUGUUGCUGCUGAAAACAAUAAUGAAAACAUUAUAGGGUUUCUUCUGAGCAAGGGAGUAAGUAUUGAUGAUGCUGAUAAAAAUGGUCGGACACCUUUACACUAUGCUGCUGAGUUUGAUCAAUUUGAAGUUGCAAAGUUCUUGAUAGAAAAAGGCGCUGAUAUCAAUGCUGCAGACACUUCUACUACUGGUGAAAAACCUAUACAUGUUGCCGCUGAGAAUAAUAGUAAAAACAUUAUAGAGUUUCUUAUCAGUAAGGGAGUGAGUGUUAAUGAUACUGACAAAGAUGGCAGGACACCGCUGUACUGGGCUUCUUGGAAUGGUCAUGUGGAUGUAGUAAAGUACCUUAUAGGUAAAGGAGCCGAUAUCAAUGCUAAAGAUAAGGAUGGUAGAAAACCGCUAGAUGUUGCUAAGGAUAAGGAACAAGGUGAUAUUGUAACAUAUUUACAACAAACACAAUUAAGUCUAGAUAAGCAAUUGUUCACUGCAGUACAAGAUGGUAGUCUUAAUAAAGUUAAAGAUCUUGUAAGUCGAGGUGCUAACUUAGAUGCUAAAGAUAGUAGUGGCUGGACAACGUUGUAUUGGGCUUCUUUCACUGGUCGCUUAGAUAUAUCAGGAUAUCUUAUAGAUAGAGGUGCUGAUAUUAACGCUAAAGAUAAUGAUGGUAAAACGCCUCUACAUUGUGCUUCAACGUCUAGUCAUUUAGGUAUGGUGAAGUAUCUUAUAAGUAAAGACGCUAACAUUGAUGCUAAAGACAACAAUGGUGGAACUCCUCUGGAUGAUGCCAGUUCUAAUUCAGUAAGAAUAGCUUUAGUGCAGGCACACUUAGAUAAAGAAUUGUUACUUACUGUGAAAAGUGAAGAUGAUCUAAAGACAAUUAAUAGUCUUAUUGCUCAGGGGAUAAGCAAAGAUAGGCAUGGUGCGUAUUAUUAUGCUUGGAAUGGUAAUCUAGACAUGGUAAAACUUCUUGUUGAGAGAGAUGUGAAUGUUAAUGCUACUGAUAAGUAUGACUGCACACUACUACACUGGGCUGCAUUGAAAGGUCAUUCGGGGGUUGCUGAGUUUUUGGUUGAUAAGGGAGCUAAUGUGAAUGCUAAGGAUAUACUUGGUAGAACUCCUAUGCACCUUGCUGUUACAAAUAAUUACAUGAAUAUCACAGAGUUUCUUCUGGAAAAUGGAGCAAACGUUGAUGAGGCUGAUAAAAAUGGUUCGACAUCUUUGCACUAUGCUGCUAGGUUUGGUCAAUUAGAGAGUGCUAGAUUUCUCAUUGAUGAAAAGGCCAAUAUGAAUGCUGCAGACAACUCUGGUAAAAAACCUGUGCAUGUUGCUGCUGAAAACAAUAAUAAAAAUAUUAUAGAUCUUCUCUUGGAUAAAAGAGUAAGCGUUAAUGAUGCUGAUAAAGAUGGUUGGACACUGUUACAUUGGGCUGCAUCAAAGGGUAAUUUUGAUAUAGUAGAGUACCUUAUAGGUAAAGGUGCUGAUAUUAGAGCUAAAGGCAAAGAUGGUCAAACGCCUCUCUGCGUAGCUAUUCAAUAUGACAGACUAGAUAUAAUCAACUUUCUGCUGAAUAAAGGUACUAAUAUUGAAGCAAGCGACUUCCAUGACGAUACAGUACUGAAGUUAUCCUAUUGUAUAAAGGAGUUUAUAGAGUUAUGCAACAGCAAUAAAAAAGAUGAUUUAUCAGAGUCAGCAAAGAAGGAAAUGAUGCAGAUGUGUAGUGUAGAACAGAAGUCUCAUUUUGAAGAGCUGAAAAAUAAAUUACCGGAAUCGUUAAAAAAUAUAGUAUUUGCAUCGAAAGUAUGUAUUACGAAUGUUUAUUUUAACGAGUACUUGUACGCCGCUGCUGGUAGUUCUGCUUUGAGUGAUUCAAACCGGAGGAGAGCGGUAUAUACCUGGGUUCCAUCGGAAAAUAACAAUCCUCAUGGUUUAUGUGGUGAUGAUGAGCAAGGUAUGUGGAAGAUUCAACCCCAUGGCGAUUAUGUUUGCAUCACGAAUGUUAAUUUUAAUGAAUACUUGUACGCUGCUGCUGGUAGUUCUGCUUUGAGUGAUUCAAACCGAAGGAGAGCGGUAUAUACCUGGGUUCCAUCGAAAAAUAGCAAUCCCCCUGGUUCAUGCAAUAAUGAUAAACAAGGUAUGUGGAAGAUUCAACCCUAUGGCGAUUAUGUUUGCAUCACGAAUGUUAAUUUUAAUGAAUACUUGUACGCUGCUGCUGGUAGUUCUGCUUUGAGUGAUUCAAACCGGAGGAGAGCGGUAUAUACCUGGGUUCCAUCGGAAAAAAAUAACCCUCCUGGUUCAUGCGGUAACGAUAAACAAGGUAUGUGGAAAGUUGAGGAUCGUGGGUCUAUUCGCAAUAGGCGUGAUACACGAGAAUUAGGAAACGAAGCAAAUUGAAUCUUUGUAAGGACGCUUUAUUGUAUGUUAAA